AUGUCCUUAUAUGGAGAUGACUGUUAUUUUUACUAUUAUUCUACCUGUAAUAAGGGCACUGUAUGUCCUUACCGUCAUGUACCUGAAGCUAGAGGUAAUGAAACAGCCUGUACCUUAUGGAAAGCUGGACAAUGUACCAGACCAGCCUGUAGAUAUCGCCAUAUGGAAAUCGUGGUAAGUAUUACCUUAGUCAACAUGAAAAUAUAA